GGCGGAGGCGUGCUGGCGCGGUGCUGUGACGUAGCCCCUCAUGCUGCGACGCCCGCUGGCCGGGCUGGCGGCGGCCGCCCUGGGCCGGGCCCCCUCGGACGCCUGCUCAGGUGGAAGUGACCUGCACUGGCAGGGCUCUGGGGCACACAGCCUCCUGGGACAGGCCAGAGGGCCCCGGCGUCAGGUCAGGAGCCAGUAAGACCUGAGUGGCAUGACCUGUGAGGGCGGCAGGCGCUGGGACUUCAUGUGCACUGUGGGGCCCUGAUGGAAGACGUGUCUUUCCCGGGAUGUCGGGACCAAGGCCUGUCGUCCUGAGUGGACCGUCAGGGGCAGGGAAGAGCACCCUGCUCAAGAGACUGCUGCAGGAGCACGGCAGCAUCUUUGGCUUCAGCGUGUCCCAUACCACAAGGGACCCACGGCCUGGAGAAGAGAAUGGCAAAGAUUACUACUUCGUCACCAGGGAGGUGAUGCAGCGGGACAUCGCUGCAGGCGACUUCAUCGAGCACGCUGAGUUCUCGGGGAACCUGUAUGGGACCAGCAAAGCAGCCGUGCGGGCCGUGCAGGCCAUGAACCGCAUAUGCGUGCUAGACGUGGACCUGCAAGGCGUGCGUAACAUUAAGAAGACUGACCUGCGGCCCAUCUACAUCUUCGUGCAGCCACCCUCACUGGAUGUCCUGGUGGGGGAGCAGCGGCUGCGCCAGCGCAACACAGAGACAGAGGAGAGCCUGGCCAAGCGGCUGGCUGCCGCCCAGGUGGACAUGGAGAGCAGCAAGGAGCAGGGCCUGUUUGACCUGGUCAUCAUCAACGACAAUCUGGAGAAGGCUUAUCGGGCCCUGGAGGAGGCGCUAUCAGAGGAAAUCAAGAAGGCUCAGAGGACCAGCUGCUCCUGAGAAGAAAUGCUGGUGGUGUCCUCCCUGGUGGGGGUGCUGCCCGCGUCUCCUGCUCACGCUGCCACGGCUGGUGGACCCUGGUCUCUCCCCAUCUCCUGGGAGCUGGGGUGGCCUCCAAUAAAAAACUGCUGGGUUAUGGUG